AUGGCUGCUAGCGCAGCCACACCUCCUAGCACGCUACCCGCGACCGUGGCGGCACCAGGCCCGCUAGAGGACGAGCUAUCAGCGCCAUCGGCCGUCGAGGUGCUCGAAGAGGAUGGUUGCACAUUGCCGCCUAGGCCAACGUCGCCGCCACCCGAUCCGGUGGAGGAUGCGAAGGCGGAGGACGAAUUGGAGGAUAUCGACGCGGAGCUGGAACCGGAGCUCGUGGUACUCGUUGCCGAGGCGGACGAGGAAGAAUUAGAAGAAAGUGAACUACUACUAGACAAUACUGAUGAUGCUGUGGCAGAGCCGAUGAUGCUUUCUGCGGAAAAGGGAAAAACGGAAGAAGUGGAAGUAGAAGAAGUACUGUUGUUGGAAAGGAUCGAGGUCGAUGACGAUGCUUUAGAUGAGUUAGAUAUUGAAAGCGACGUAGUGGGGACUGCAAAAAACGAAGAUGAAGACGAGGACGAGGAUGAAGAUGAAGAUGAUAAAGUUAAAGAUGAAGACGGACCUUGGGUCGAAUUAGUCACGCCGGUCAAGGAAGGAAAAACGGGAGAGCCUGAUAAAGGAGUGGACGUCAAAGGCGAAUAA